GCAUUCAUAGCAAGUCACCUAGAUAUGAGUAUACUGCCCAUAUUAGAUUAACAAAUGAAUGCUGUAUUGCAUCUCACAGAAGAGAAAAAUACUUGCGAUGUUGAGUAUGCUGCUGUGACUUUCAGAAGAAAUGAAACCCCGAACCACAAGCGACUUCCAAGAGCUGGUCUAUGGAUAGCUGGUGUCCUUGUCGUCCUAUUAUGUGUGGGCGUGGGCCUGUGCUUAUUGUUUCUAGGCCCCUCUGCUGAGCGAUGCUCUAUGGCCUGGGACAUUUAUGGAGGGAAAUGCUACUUCCUAUCCCAUGAUAAGUUCAACUGGACUGCCAGCAGAGACAAGUGUGUAUCAAUGGGUGGACACCUGGUCAUCAUAGAGAGUCGAGAGGAACAGAUGUACGUCAAACAUAAAUUAAAUGGUACAGAGGAUGACUUCUGGAUCGGAUUGACAGACUCUGAGAGAGAGGGCCAGUGGAAAUGGGUGGACAACUCUGACCUCAAAAACAUCACGUUCUGGCACCGUGGACAGCCAAACAACUCUAGUGGCUUCAGCAACAUCACAUACGUCGAUGGAGAGGAUUGUGCUAUAAUGAGAUAUGUGAAGAAUACAGAACUCAACUGGUUUGAUCAGUAUUGUGCUCAACUGAACAAGAUGAUAUGCGAAGCCAAGUCAGGGUAG